AUGGGGUUGUCGGAGAAAAAGGAUAACCCUCAGGUCAAUCACCACAUGGCCGUUGUCUUAGGAAUCGGACUAGGAGUCGCGACCUUAAUCAUCAUGUGUUUGCUUCUGACCCUUUUCGUCAAUCGGCGUGAGCGCCAUCCCGUUCUCAAGAGCAAAGGCAGCUCAAGCGACAAGUUACGCAAGCUGGAUGCCGUCUCCCCAACUCGGACAUUAGAAGAUUGGUGGUCGCGAGCUAAAGGCCCUCUUUUACCGUCCGAAGGUGUUGAAGGCGACUUCAUGUGCGUUGUUUGCCUCGAGUCGGUUCUGCGCUGCCAGGAAAUCCGAGAACUCAAAUGUCUGCACGUGUUCCAUCGAGAAUGUCUCGAAAAGUGGUAUCUGCAAGACCACUUCAAUUGCCCACUCUGUCAUAGAGCGUAUUACGUUCAAGAGACCCAUCCGAGUAAUGAGUUUGUGUGGAUGGUGUGA